CGGUCUUACGGAGUUAAGGACCUUACUUAUCUGGGGUAGCGUUCGGGACGGAGCCGACGACGGAACACAGAAGUCGCCGCGCAAACCAUUUGCGGUCACCACAUCCAGUUCAGACACUCUCGAAUUGCUGCAGUUCAAAGGCCUUUUAUUUGUUGGGAGCAGGCCUCCGAGAAUCAUGAUGCUGAUGUGAUACAGCCAAGGUACUUGACGGCGUUUAAAUCCAUGGAUUUCCAUUGUACUUGCAGCUGAAGCCAACGUCACUCUCUUCCAUCUAUGCGAAGGAUCCCUUGGCACCUACUGUGAUAUACCUACAAUCGUUCUUCGGUGUCGCGGGCUUAUCCUUGGCUGCACAGCUCUUUUGAUACGUCUGGUACAACAUAUAAUCCCCUUAAUCCCACCUCGCAAUGGCUAGCGUAGCUUGUGUCUCGCUCCUCUCCGAGGCUGAGUUUGGUUGCGAGCAUCUUACGGCGCAACUCUCCCAGGACGGAGGUGCGGGUGACCAGUUCAGGGCAUCAUUUAUCAAGACACAUAAUGCUUUGGCUCCUCGAUCCAAAUCUGGGGAGUCGGCUACUACACAGAAAGGCCUACGUACAACCAGCUUUUUAAAACCAAAGUACAUGUGCUUGACCUGCUCCGAUCCAUUCAUAAAUGGUGACCGAAAGGCCCAUACAGAAAAGACCGGUCAUCAAUUCUACAUGGAAUCAAGAAGUCGCACGCUAUUCUGUCAGGGAUGUGGAGACUUCGUUUAUGACUAUGGCCUUGAGAGACUAAGAUCAUCAACAGCAGAAAGCACGCUAAAACUUGCUCAAAAACGUCGGUUUAGCGAAAGCUCGACCGACGAGCUAUACGUCAGGAGUAAUGCAAACAAGCGUUCUUGUGCAAAGCAAGGUGUCAGGGGGCUAUUCAACCUCGGACAAACAUGCUAUCUGAAUGUUAUUCUCCAGACGCUCCUUCAUGACCCAAUCCUCAACACUUACUUUCUAGGAAGCGGACAUCAAUCACAUGACUGCACCAUGUCUGAUUGUAUAGCGUGCGCUGUUGCAGAGGCAUUUGCGGACUUCAACAGCAGUGACAAGGCAGAAGGGUUUGCAGCCCUGAACCUGCUUUUGGCCUCGUGGCGUGCAAGCUCUCAGGCCUUAGCGGGAUAUCAGCAACAAGAUGCACAUGAAUACUACCAGUUUCUUGUCGACAAACUACACUCUAGUACUGACGGACACCACGAGAACCAUGAGAAAGGCUGCCCUUGCUUUUUCCACAAGACAUUUUACGGCAAGCUCCGAAGUAGCGUAACAUGUGACAAGUGUGGAAAUGUCACACGUACGGACGAUCCCAUGGUGGAUCUAAGUUUGGAUGUCCAGGUGCAGGCGAAGAAGCGCGCCAUGGGCGGUGCUAGGGCCUCGUCCCCUCCGACGUUGAGCGGAUGCCUGGAAAGCUUCACAUCCCCUGAAAAACUAAUGGCAGGCGUUUACAACUGCAGUGGUUGCGGUGGGAGCGCUCAAAAGGCCACGAAACAACUACGCAUUAAGAAAUUGCCGGCAAUUCUAUGUAUGCAACUAAAGCGCUAUGAACAUACAUUUUCAGUCUCCGAGAAGCUGGAGGGCCGCAUAGACUUCCCACUGUCUAUCAACAUGCUCCCGUACACAACCAACCCCAACUCCCGCGCGGAUAAAUCGAGAUAUAUCUAUGACCUUUCAUCUGCCGUGGUGCAUAAAGGGAAAUUGGAUGCAGGGCAUUACUACGUCUACUGCCGGCAGGGUGAUGAGUGGAUACUCUUCAACGAUGACCAAGUCACGUCUGUGACCGAGGCCGAUGUCCUCAGUGCCGAUGCAUAUCUUCUCUUUUACAACCUUCGGUCCUUAGCUAGUGCUCCAUCGCAGUAGUAGGACCUAGAUUUACCACAUUGUAAUGUGGACUAGUUGCUCAUUGCAUACUUCUUUUUUGGCCUGGAGUCCAUGGGCAUGGGUUUAUAUCUUUGUUUGCAAUAUGCAUGUGAAUUAGUUAGGUCAUUGUUGUAGGAUCAACCUAUUAGUAUAGAAAACUAAACCAUUGCAUGACCAGUGUCAUUGGAUCGA